CAUCCAAUCUUUUGCUGAAAGCAAUAUUCCGUGCUCAGGACAAUAAGAAAGGCUGUGUAGUGUUGCCCGAGUUUGGCAGAUGGAAUCAAAAGAGAGCGGGGAGAAGGAGGCCCAACAGGACUUUGUGUUUCAUUGCCUGGAAAGGAACGCCACACGCAGAGACCCAGGAAGGAAAAGGCCAAGCAAACCCCUGCAUCCAUGACCUAGUGUGUACAUUUGGGAUUGGCAGUAGCCCUUUUUUCUUCCUGUUGGACUGAGCUUUUCUCUAGGACACGCUGCAUGGCAGAGGAUUGCUGGGCUGCUGUGCUAUUGGCUGAAGAGGAGACAAAGCCCCGUGUUUUAGAGACACUCCGGGCAGCAGAGAGCUCCUGCCUGGGCUGCCUUUCACUUCUCAGCACUGAACGGCUUCUCUGUUCUUGCCACUCUUCUGUUUCUAGGGGUUUUGGAACCGUUUAUAAGGCCUUUGACGCUGCCACAGGACAAGCGGUGGCCAUAAAGAAACUCGAUCUCCAGCAACAGGGCUGCGAGGAAAUGGUGAAAGAAAUCCUGGUCAUGAGGGAAAUGAAGAACCCCAAUAUUGUCACCUACCUCGAAAGCUACCUUGCCAAUGAGGCUGUGUGGCUGGUGUUGGAGUACAUGGAUGGAGGCUCCUUAGCUAUGGUGAUCCUCAUGAAGACAAUGGCUGUAGGACACAUAGCAACUGUCUGUCAGGAGGUAAGGAAUCCUUCUGCUUGUGCUUGGCAUGCCUUGGAGAGGCUCGACCUAUGA